AUUUUAAGAGAAUACAAAAAUAUGUGCAAUAAUACAAGAAUUGUGUGAGAGAAAUGCAGGUCGGGCAAUCCGACGAUGGGGCGUAUCAUCGAUUUAAAGUACCUUGGAGUAUGACACGGCAAGGGCGGCGACCUAGCCACGUCGACAAUCAGAGGUAAGGGCACGAUUUGGCGUCCAGGUGAGGGGGGAAAUAUCAGACUUGGAGGUCAGGCAUGGCGUCGUUUUGGCGUCAUUUGGGGGAAGGAUGCAUCGACGGGCAUGAGAGGGAGGCUAGGCAAGGGGGGAAAUCACAGAUUUGGAGGCCAGGCUUCGCGUCGGUUUGGCGUCGGUUUGGGGAAGGAUACACUGAUGGGCGUGGGAAAGAGAUAUUCGCAGGUGGGUUGGAACUCUUCACGAAGUCGGGAGAUUAGUGAUCCUUACAGAAGAAGUAUUGGAAAUUGCAGAAGAGGCAAUCAGCGCUGGAUUCCAACGGCAGAAGGAUGCGGUUCACAUGGAGGUUUUGCAGCAAGACAGAGACAGGCACAUGGAAUCUUUCCUGGACAAGAGUAUUGGCGGCAGACAGUUCAAUGGAAAACUCAUGUAGAUUUGCUUCUCAUCGAAGUAGGUUUGAACGAUUGGGCGCCAAUGAUUCGAAUUGCAUUACAAUUGAGAGCAAAUUAUUUUGCUUUUCUCCGCAAUCUUUUGGUUUGCAAAUCACCGAAGUUAAGGAUUCUCUCAUUCAUUGUAUCUCACUUGAUCAUGGUGGAUUUGACUGGUUCUGUGACAGUUUUUGGCAACUUCAGUCUGGUUCUUCUUGGAAGUUCACUAGGUUUGGAAAUUCUAGAAAAACGACUUUAUCUAUGGGGAGUAAUAGAUAUGGUGUUUUUAUAUGUCUAGGAACAUAUGUCUAGAAAAGGUGUUAAUACCAAUAUUUUUGUGCCCGAAGGACAUAAAGGAAAAGGAUUUCAGUUGUUCUAUAUGACUUUACUCCGCCAACUAGACUUAUUGAAGGAGGCUAAAAUGAGGUUUUGCAAAAUUGUUUAGAAGACUUUGUGAUUAUUUGCUCGUGUCCUGCAUUUGAGAAAUAUGCUUCUGAGAGCAUUGAGUCUAUUUCUUCCUUUCUUUUUCAUGCCGAUCUACUUGAUUAUGGUUAUUCAUCUUCUUGUUAUGAAUCACGGAUUGCUCUUCGGGAUUUUAGCCCCAUUAUUGAAGCAAGCGUGGUAGGGAAGGGUGUAGGUGUAAUAUCAGGAGAAAUUCUAGAUGCUAUGCCUCUCAACAUGGCUUUGCUUGCUGAUAGCCAGAAUGCUGAGGCCAUUAUUUCGGAUUCUUCAAAGGAGGAGGCCUCACAACGUCGAGCAACGGGAACAAAGUAAUAGUUUUGCAAAUUCUUAUGAUGUUUUCUAUAGACCUCCUAUUGCAAACUCAAAAGAAGAGUAUCAGCUCUACUUGCAGAUCUUAAAUAUUCAAAAAGACAUUGCUUCUACCCCUUUAGAGGACGAUGGUUUCACUGUAGUCACUUCCAAAAAAUCCAAAAAACGCACUGAGGUGACAAUGAGUAAUAUUCAAACGCGUCUCCAUACCAAGUUUGCUGGACAAAACUUUCAUGUUUAUUUCUCUAAUUGUUGAGUUCUUUAAUUAUUGUACUUCCAUUGCAUUUGAUUUCAUGUACUCUCUUUUCGUUUUAAUAAAUUUAGGUAAAUGACUCCCAACAUUUACCCCACGAUUUUGUGGUUUGCCUUUUGGGAAUAAAAAAA